AUGGACCUCGGUGGUUCCAGAUACAGGUCAGUCAGCCAAGCUUCACUGAACAGCGCCUAUCAAUCUCAUGAAAGACGUUCCACUACCCCGAGGCUGCGGUCUCCUUCUCAACCACGACUACCCUUCCAGAGCUUGAACGAUACUUCGGCUCUCCUCCGCUCUACCGGACCUUUAGAGAGCAUGCUGAAGACGACAACGGAGACCGGAGAUCUUGGUAUCUACUCCAUCAAUUCUGGUUUACCUUCAAAUACAUCUCGACCCCCUCGCACAAGAGUUGGUCAUAAAAGGGCGAGGCGGCCAGCUCGCCCUUAUUACGAUGAAGAUAAGUACGGUCCAAUUCGGGACGACCGUAGAUCGCUACCCUCGUAUCGAGACACGACUUCCGAGAUCAUUUCAUUAUAUGGCUCUCCUGGGGUUCCUCAUCCCAGGUCUUUUUCUCCCGCGUCGGAGGGCCAGCGAACACACUCUUUGACAACGUGCAGUUCAAGACGGGUUCCUUCUUUUAAAUCAUCCGGUACCUUUCACAGUCAACAAAGUAAUAAUGGCCAUCAGCGCCCUCGCUCACCAUUUCCAUAUCCCACACGUCUGAGACGGCCUGGUGUCCGGCCUUCUUCUCCAGCAGUGACAGAUAACGGUCUCAUUGAUCACCGGAGAAUGGUUGAGAUUGACAGGUCUUCGCAUCGCAUGAACUACAGUUCUCACAUGCAUAGGGGUUAUCGCAAGCAUCGACGAUAUCCUCCCUUAUCCUUGAGGCCCGAAUUCAGCCGAUCAAUGUCUUCAUUACCCCCGCGCUCGUCAUCCGCACCUUAUUACGGUUCAAGGGCCAAUCCGUCAAGAAGACCUAGCGGUGCGGGAUAUCCGCCAUCAAAAUCUCCAUACCUUCAGUACAUGCCUGGCGACCACAGUGUUCGAUCUGCGAGUUUGACUUCCAUCGUGGACAUGUAUCACGGCAGGGCCCCGGACGAUACCAUGCAACCUCUUCGUUCACCAAGCUCGUUCUACUACGAUUAUACCGAAGAGUUUGAUAAAGGAUUCCCGUGCGAAUUUGAGUAUGCGUCCACAAUUAGCUCUCCUCAAGGACAUACUAUCGGCAUAUUGAGGAGAGAUGACAUGGAGGAAACAGAUACGGCGCCCCCGGCCAGCUUCAAAGCCCAGUGCGGCUCUCCCGUACUAUCUAUCGAUACCAGCGAAGGCGAUUGGGUUUGGGAGGGUAGCCAAAAAGAGAAGGGAUCUGGUAAACAUGACACUGUUCGGGCAAGUCCUCCCCCCGUUCUGCCAACGGCGGAAGCUCGAUGCCCAGACGAGCCUUCGUUACAUAUGGGAAACGAAGAAGCGGUCUCUAUGAGUCCAAAGCUCCAUGGGGCGCAUCAUCGCCGAACCCCCGCCAAUACAAACAUUAAGAUCACGAAUAAGAACGAGGUGGUCCUCCCGAAACAGGACGCGCCCCAGGACGUGCCAAAAGCAAAUAUCGGCGCUGGGAUUCUUUCACCCAACCCAAUCUCACCAGCACAUCAGCUGAGGGUCACAAACAGCAUUCCGCAGUUGAUGAAGGCUCUGCCACCGUUACCCGAUGAAGCACAAUACAAUCCCGACCUCCAAUGUUGGAGCUCGACUAGACAUACCGCAGCCCAAGCAUAUACGAUGUAUGCCAGCAGUCCUGCUAAUAAUGCUAUUCGCCUGGAGUCUAAAGUGGGUGUGGAUAGGAUGUCUUCAAACCCAGUAUCAAGGACCAAUGACUCGGCAAAGCUAUCUUACUAUCCAACCCAGUCCAAUCCCUCUCGGUUCAAAGUUCGUCUAAGGUCGUCUAAGUCAGGGCUUCAGAGCAAAUGGAGCCUUGAUUCUCCGGGCAUUCCUGAGAGAAGCUCCAGUAAUCAUAUCAAGCCAAGACUCAGACUCAAAGUGUCUCGAAGUCGAAUGAGCAAUAAGCUAAUGGGCCCUGAUGUAACAAUCGUGCGAAACAGCCCUUUAAAGCAGUACAGCUCUCUCUUAGAGUUAAAUAAUUUUCCUCACAGAGACGCUUUUACAGAUCGAUCCAGCUUUAGGGAAGCACUGGAAGAGCAACUCGCCCAGUUUGGUGUUGAUAAGCGACUCUCUAAUAUCGACGAAGGAUCUCUCCGAGGACCUUCGCGGCAGCUGUCUGACCAGUUUGAUAUUCCUUAUCCCCCUUCAACUAAGGGUAUAGUAACUGCGGAAUUAGUGAAUCAACCAAAGUUUGAUAGCGGGUUUGGCAUAUUCGACAGAUGGGACUUUGACAAAACACUAUAUUCGGGGAAGAACUUCAUAAGGAAGAAUUUUGACAGAACUCUCUAUUCAAAACCCAUGAGGAACAAGUCGUCUUUUCUUCGACACCGGGCUUCGCCGACGAACAUGCGGAAAAGACCAAGAGGCCCAGCCAACCUUAGCGACCCUACACCGUUACGAUCUGAGAUUACUCAAGGCAGCUCUUUUGAAGAUUCUAUGCUAACACCGAGUGUAAUGUUGCCACAGAGAAUACGCAAUAGAACACGUCGAGUGAAGCGCUGGGCAGCAGAAGCAAAGAAGGCUGUCCAAGCCUUAAUGCGACGGACACUGAGCCGAUCUCGAGAUUCGGGUUCUGAACGGUAA